UGGCCUGGCCUGAAGCAGCAUUUGUUUUAAAUGAACUAAGUUUAUUUUUGUAAGGUCUUGACCAUCAUUUUUAUUUUGACAGCAAUUGCCUGUUCAGAGCCCUUGGUGAUCAGUUGGAGGGACACUCACGAAAUCAUCUCAAGCACCGACAGGAAACUGUGGACUAUAUGAUAAAGCAGCGGGAAGAUUUUGAACCCUUUGUGGAAGAUGACAUUCCUUUCGAGAAGCAUGUGGCCAGUUUGGCAAAGCCUGGUACUUUUGCUGGCAAUGAUGCAAUUGUAGCCUUUGCAAGAAAUCAUCAGUUGAAUGUGGUGAUUCAUCAACUAAAUGCCCCCCUGUGGCAGAUUCGGGGUACAGACAAAAGCAGUGUGCGGGAGUUGCACAUUGCCUAUCGGUAUGGAGAACACUAUGACAGCGUUCGGAGGAUCAAUGACAACUCGGAGGCACCAGCACAUCUCCAGACUGAUUUUCAGAUGCUUCAUGAAGAUGAGCCGAAUAAAAGAGAAAAGACCAAGACAAAGGGAGUUGACUUUGAGGACGACCUGAGAGAUGAAGUAGAAGAUGCCGUCCAGAAAGUUUGCAAUGCAACUGGAUGUUCAGAUUUUGACUUAAUAGUCCAGAACCUGGAAGCUGAAAAUUAUAAUAUUGAAUCUGCAAUAAUUGCCAUGCUUCAGAUGAACCAGGGAAAAAGAAACAAUGCAGAGGAGAGCCUUGAGCCUGGUGACCAAGCGCCGAAGCAGUGUGGCCCUUUAUGGGAGGAGGGUGGCAGUGGUGCCAGAAUCUUUGGAAAUCAGGGUUUAAAUGAAGAUAGGACUGAAAACAACAAAGCCCGGACCAGCCCUAGUGAAGAAAACAAAGCAAACAAGAACCAGCUCCCAAAGGUCACAAACAAACAACGCAGGGAACAGCAACGGCUGGAGAAGAAGAAGCGACAGGAGGAGAGGCAUCGUCACAAAGCCCUGCAGAACAGGAGUGGCCACAGGGACAACAACAGGAGUGAAGCAGAUGUGAACACACAGGUCACUUUGGUGAAGACCUUCGCUGCUCUGAACAUCUGACUCUGCCUCCUGGGAGCUGUAGGAAGCAGAAGGACCAUGGAGCGCCGCACACAGGCCUUCCAGGGAGGCAACCAACAAAGCCUGUUUGGUCACACGCUGAAUUAGUUUCCUUCAAGCUGCCUCUUUUGUUCAAAGUUCUGUCAGUGCUGUGUUUUGUUUUAUAAAGGUGCAGUGAAGCCAUUCAUAUUCUGUAAUACACACUUAAAAUACUGA